CACGGAAUGUUUUGGAUAAAAAAAAAGAGUUGUCAUUCUACUCAAUUGGUAUUUGCAAAUCGUUUGCGUUUUCUUCGGUUUCACAAUUAGAUUCUUGUGGCGAAGGUCGGAGGUUUGAAGAAUUCUUGUUAAUUUUAGCCGGUGUUCCUAAAUACUUCGCAAGUAUGCCUGCUGGAGGUGCUUUGUUUGGGAGUGCAGUUACAGGACCAGGAUCUACUGGUGGAAAUAAACAUUUAGUAGAAAUGAGAGCUGGAAAGAUGAAUUUAAAAGGACGAAUGGUAUAUCCCGACAAUAGAAAAGGCUUACUUUAUGUUUAUCAGAGUGAAGAUUCCUUAAUGCAUUUUUGUUGGCAAGACAGAACUACCGGAGUUGUUGAGGAUGAUUUGAUAAUUUUUCCCGACGAUUGCGAGUACAUCAAAGUACCCCAAUGUGCCACGGGACGAGUUUAUCUGUUAAAGUUCAAGUCGUCUAACAGAAAGUUUUUCUUUUGGUUGCAAGAACCGCGCAAUGAUAAGGACGAUGAAAACUGUAAACGAGUCAAUGAACUUUUAAAUAAUCCAUCCAGUGCAGUACAACAAACCCAAGGUCCCGAUCAGGAUUUGCAAUCCCUACUGAAUAAUAUGUCCCAGUCACAGUUGAUGCAGUUGUUUGGUGGAGCAGGCCAGAUUGGUGGACUCUCCAGUUUGCUUGGCACCAUAAGGGGUCCUGGUGGGAGCGCACGUACUACUACACCAGCUAUUACUCAUCGAACUACUGCUAGCACACCAACCACCAAUACAGUUAGUAGUCCGAGUACUCCGGCUACUCCUCAGAAUGCUCCUAUUCCAGUAACCACACCCGCAGCACCACGACCGGCUCGUGCCUUCGAACCCAGUCCAAUACAGUUGGCGCAUUUACAGGAUUUCUUACAGAGGAUCGCACCUGUGUCUGGCAGUCAACAGCAACAACAGCCGACUCCUCAACAGUCAGUUGACUUGUCCACAGCUUUGACUGGAGAAGCUCUGACUGGAAUAUUGAAUAACCCAGAUGCUCUGCAGCAACUCCAACAACAUCUUCCUCCUGUCGAUGAAAAUACCCAAGAGGCCUUGCGAACUACAUUGGCCUCUCCGCAGUUUCAACAGGCCGUUUCACAAUUCUCGAGCGCUUUAGAAUCGGGGCAACUCGGUCCCGUAGUAUCUCAACUAGCCGUCAACCCUGACGCGGUAGCGGCUGCCGCUUCCGGAAAUAUGCAAGAGUUUGUAAAAGCGUUGGAAAAAACAAAUCCUUCUGAAAACACUGCCAAUGCUGUCGAAAAAGAUAAGGAAAAUAAAAGCGAGAAGAAAGAUGAUAAAGACGACGAUGAACAAAUGCAGCUGGAUUAAUAAUGUCAUUUGCGAAAAUAACUUUUUCGAUGUAGUAUGCCUCUAUGUAUUGGUUUAAAUAGAUAACUGUUGAAGAAAAUGUUUGUGUAUA